GUAGACAACAGAGGUAAGUACUCUCUUCCGCUCUCUGCUCGCUCUGCUUUUAGCCCACUGUAACUUUCAGUCUGUGUUUUCCCUCACUAGACAGAGGUUAGCUUUACUAUCAGUGCUGCAGGAGAACAGCUGAAUGCAUUUAAAGCUCUCCUGAAAUGUGCACUGUCCUCUAAAGCCAGGGCUGUCUCUGCAAGGUUUAUGACUGUGUACUCUGCAGGCUGUCAUGUGCACCUACAUUGCCAGCUUACUUAUCUUGCUAAUAUUUAAACAACAAAAGUGUAAGAGUGUAUUCAACAAUUCAGACUAGCCUUCUUCUUGUUCAUAAUAGCUCUGUGAAUACAGUGAAUCAGUUACACCCUUUUGGUCCUUUUAUAAACAGUGAAUACAUGAGCUCAUGUAGUGUAUGUGUGCCUGUGAAUGUGUUUAAAUCCCUGAAGUAAACAGGGGAAUUUCAAUGAGGAUUUAAGAUGGAACUGGAGCAAAGCAAACAGACGUAUACUAUUUAUAUUGAAGAUUAAAAUCCUACCUAUAACAGGAUGUGCUAAUAAUUAUUAUCUGUAAGCUAACACUGAGGUAUUAAUCUUAUCAAUAUGACCACAUUUUUCUUUCUAAUUGAAGCCAACUGUUCCUUUGUUUUAUCCAAACUCCACUUAUUUCCAUAAUAAUGACUGUGAAGCUGGUCUCCUUUUAAUCAUCUUCCAGAGCGGAGAUCUUGUUGAUCUUUCAGCACUAGCUAAGCACUUUGGUGGAAUUCCCUCUCAAACGCGUGGCUGAAAUAACAACAAUCCCCCCCUAGGGAAUCAACGAACAGCUUGGCAGAUGAAAGAGAAAAACCCCUGGCACACGCCUGUGACCAUCAUCAUCUCCGUGAUUGGUGUCAUAGUGAUUGUUGCCCUGGUGACGGUAGCCGUUUUGCAGAACAGACCCCUCCCCCAAAAGUACAAGUAUGGAAUUGUGCUGGAUGCCGGUUCCUCCCACACAGCCGUGUACAUCUAUCAGUGGCCUGCAGAGAAGGAUAACAACACUGGGAGAGUCGAACAGAAGCACUCCUGCAAAGUCAAAGGUCCAGGUAUCUCCAGCUAUGCAUCCGAUCCAGUGAAAGCCGGGGAGUCUCUGAGAGCGUGCAUACAGGAGGCCGAGCAGUGGGUCCCUGAAAAUAGACACCACGAGACCCCUCUUUACCUGGGGGCCACUGCAGGAAUGAGACUGCUCAAUAUGGAGAACAGCUCGGCGUCAGACAAGGUCUUCAGAGCCGUGGAGGGAGCCCUGCAAAAGUCUCCCUUCUCCUUUCAGGGAGCGAGAAUACUCAGUGGACAGGAGGAGGGCUCCUUUGGCUGGGUCACGGUCAACUACUUGGACGACCGCCUCAGUCAGGGUUUGGAAACCACAGGGGCCCUUGACCUUGGCGGGGCCUCCACUCAGAUUAGCUUCAUAGCUGAUAAAUUUGACGGGUCAGAGUCACCAAGUAACUCAGUGAACUUCCGACUCUACGGAAAUGACUACAACCUUUACACCCACAGCUUCCUGUGUUACGGUAAAGACCAGGCACUACGACUGACGCUUGCACUCCAGACACAGACAGGUCCAGACUCAAUUUCAAAUCCAUGUUUCAACCCUGGCUACACGUCAACAAAGAACUACUCAGCCCUCUAUGACAGCCCCUGUGUGUCGAACAGGAAACCCCAGGGAGUGCCACUGAGCUUUACUCAGCAAGGGACAGGAAACUUCCAACAAUGUCAGGAAAUGGUCAAAAAUGUCUUCAACUUUACUCACUGCAAAUACAGCCAAUGCUCCUUCAACGGGGUCUUCCAGCCACUUCUGCAAGGACCAUUUGGGGCUUUUUCUGCCUACUACUUUGUGAUGAACUUCCUCAAUCUGACAGACACAUCCAUCCCUCUGGACACUGUCAGGGAAAAGCUAACAAGCUACUGUGCCACGCCUUGGAGUCAGGUAGUACAGCAGCAUCCAGAUGUAAAGGUGAAGUAUUUGGCUGAGUACUGCUUCUCUGGCACGUACAUCCUCACUCUGCUGACAGAAGGAUACAACUUCACAUCAGAGAGCUACUCCAACAUUAAAUUCAUCAGAAAGAUAAAAGGCAGUGAUGCAGGCUGGACACUGGGCUACAUGUUAAAUCUGACCAACAUGAUUCCAGCUGAGGCUCCCGAUACACCCCUUCUGCCCCACGGCGGCUACGUCACUAUAGUCACCAUCAUGGCCAUACUGCUCUUCAUCUUGUUCAUCAUUAGCCUGCGUCCUCUAUGGCCCCGCUGCUCCAAACAGCCCCAGAUAGUAUAAACACACAAAAAAAUAUAAAGGUUACACUGAGAAAGGGAAUAUCUGUGAAGGCCUGUGAGUGUGAAGGUGACGGCUUUGCUCCCAAUUUGUGAAUACAGUAGUCAGCUUUACACUUUCCAGGCUCUGUGUGGAGGUUAAAAGUCAAAGUCUGCUGCACAACAACAGUCCCAUAGAUCAUGUGGAUUCAAGGACAUUUCAGAAGGACAGAAACUUUGUCUCACAGGGGACUAAGCACUGCUUCUCUGGUUGAAGGACAUUUUCUGUGUUUGUGUGUACAUGUGCGUGUGAGAAUGUGAAUGCCUGCUUGAAUGCGUGUACCCACAUCAGUCUGCAUGUUUGUCUUGAAAUAUGAUGUGAAUAUAAUAAUGUAUAAAUAAAAUAACCCAAGUUUAUAUAAAAUAUUUGA